AUGGGCCAACGAUUAUAUUGUAAUCCAAUAGGUUUAGCACUGAAUUCAUCAUGCUCAUCUAAUAUUCUUAACGCCACAUUGUGUACUGAAUCAGUACCAGAUUUAUCCAGCUCGACGGAAUUUAUUUAUACGCUAUGCAAGAUUGAAUCUAUCAUUGGAAUAUCACCUACGGAAGGUCCCAUGGGAACUCAAGUCACUAUUAGAGGAACGAACUUUACUGGAAAUAUGUGUGAUUAUGAUAUUCAAAUUGGGUCAAAAUAUCACUGCCCCAUCAUUAACAAAUCAUCAACUCAACUCAUAUGUCAGAUCACAGCGAACUCCAUGCUCGAUGCUGGAAUAAAUCAAAUAGUUCGCGUCGCUCGUAAUCUUCAGGGGUAUCUCGGUAAUUCUAAUCAAUUACAAUUCAGAUUUCUAUCAUCCAUCUCAAAUAUAUCCCCUACAAUCGGUUCGAUCUAUGGAGGCACUCUUGUAACAAUCGAUGGUGAUGGAUUCAUAUCAAGCGAUACGCGAGUGUUUAUCUCUGGCGUUAACUAUACACAUGCGGGAUCUUUAUCCUAUUCGCGCAUUAUAUUAACUACACCACCACAGUUAACAUAUGUCGACGUUAAUUUAACAGUGAGGGCUUUUGUUCGAACGAGCCAGUCAGUAUGUCUUAUGUCGUCUUGUUAUUUCUCUUGGAAAACACUUCUUACUCCACACUUUGACUCUGUGAGUCCGCAAUGGAUAAAUGACACUACGAACUUGACAAUCACUGGCCGAAAUUUACUUACUGGAGGAAGCACAAUGGCCGAUAUUGAUGUUAGUAUAAAUAGCAAUAUUUGUAAUGUCACAGAAAUGGGGAAUGAAUCGAUUACAUGUACGGUCAUAAGCGUAGAAGCUGGCCAAUAUACCAUUAUUGGAUUUAUUGAUGGCAUAGGAAAUAUUUAUUCAACAUUGACGAUCACAUCCGAAGCUUUGAUAUCAACGAUAGUACCCCUAAUGAGUAGUAUAUAUGGUGGUGCAACAAUGACUAUUGUUGGUCAUGGUUUCUCGAAAAACAUCAGUCAAAUUCAAGUCACCAUAGGCACGAAUAUAUGUCCUGUAAUUCAAGCGACAAAUAAUCGUAUUCAAUGCAUCAUCCCUCCUCAAGGCAACAGUUCUGGUUCAGUCAAUAUUAGUAUCAUUUCACAUCAGAUUUCAUUUCCAUCAUCAUUUACUUUGAAUUACAAUGAAACGGUAACACCCAAUAUCACUUCUAUCAGUCCAACAUUUGGUAAUAGUUCACAAGUUUUGCACAUUAUUGGAGAUAACUUUGUUGGCGUUGGACAAACAACUGCUUUCGUGGGAAAUACUAAGUGUAUUAUCCGUAAUAGUUCACAAAAUUUAAUCAUAUGUACAAUUGACUUAAGUUUGGCUGCCGGACAUCAUUCAGUUCGUAUUCAUGUAGACGUGGUGGGAAAUUCGAAUUCGAAUAUUUUCUACACAAACGAUCUCUCUGUCACAAAUACAACACCGUCAGAAGGAGGUUACGGUGGUGGUCUAUCCACCACGAUUCUUGGUCAUGGAUUCAAUGGAACUGAUGUCAAUGUCACCAUAUGUAAUCAAACUUGUUUGUCGGUACAAGUUGUAUCGAAUGAUCAACUCAUCUGUAUUACACCUGACGUUUCGAUGAGCGACGUAAAUAGUUCAUGCAAUUUGACAGUAACUGUAGAUGGUAUAAGUAAAAGUACAUAUUUCAUUUAUAAAGCUAAUUUAACUGCGAGUAUUACAUCGGUUAGUCCAGUUCGAGGUGGAACAGGUGGUGGAACAACAAUUACUAUUAAUGGAAAUAAUUUCCCGACUUCUGGAAAUGCUGUAACGGUGACUAUUGCUGAGUCGCCAUGCUUAGUACAAACUAUCACGCCUACAAGUAUUACAUGCGAGACUGGCAGCUAUAAAAGCAGAAGUGUUCAAGCCAAAGUCAAGGUAUUCAUUAAUAGUAGUGGCUAUGCAAUCGGGACAGUCUAUUUUCAUUACAUUGAUCUUUGGUCCAGUAUAUGGACCUGGGGUGGUUAUCAGCCACCUGACGUUGGUACACUCGUAGUUGUUUCAGAUGGUGUGACUGUCUAUUUGGACAUCGAGACACCAAUUCUAAAAGUACUUAUUAUUGAUAAUGCUACAUUGAUAUUCGACGAUUCUCAAGAUGUUACUUUGAAUGUUGAAUAUAUUAUUAUCGUCAACGAUGGUCACCUUCAAGUUGGCACUGAAUCAAUUCCAUUCCGGCAUCGUGGUGUCAUCACUAUGUACGGACAGUUGAGAUCGAUCGAAUUGCCUAUAUUUGGUGCUAAGGUAUUGGCUGUACGUGCGGGAACUGUGGAUAUGCACGGAAUACCCAAUGCUUUGACUUGGACAAAAUUGAGAUCGACAGCUUAUAAUGGUUCAUCAACAAUCACUCUUCUAGAGUCGGUCAACUGGACUGUGAACAGUCAAAUCAUUAUUGCAACUACGGGUGAUCGUUUCAGUCAAAAAGAGACUGAAAUUCGUCAAAUAACGAAUAUUUCAUCAGAUGGACUUACACUAGUUUUGGACAAACCAUUGCAAUUUACUCACUUGAGUGAAACACAAACGUGGAAUUCAACUACGAUCGAGAUUCGUGGUGAAGUUGGUCUUCUUUCACACAAUGUCAUCUUUCAAGGUUCAGUCACUGAAACAUGGGAUGAAAUCAUAGAGACAUGUCCAGCUGGAUUUAAUCCGGACGAAUUUGCGGUGCAGACAUGUUUCCUCGGUCGAUAUGGACAGGAGAUAGGCUCUGAUCAGUUCGGUGCGAGGAUUAUGGUUAGUCAAGGUAAUAAUAUUACUGAUGAUACUCAACGAGUCGCUGUGAGACUAUCGAAUGUUGAAAUCUUCAAUGUUGGCCAGGCGUUUCGUCUAGAUCGUUAUGCGAUACACUUUCAGAGAAAUGGAAAUAUGAGUGAAUCUUUUGUAAAAUCUUCCUCAAUUCACUUAUCGUUCAACCGAGCUAUUCAUAUUCAGGCUAGUAAUUAUAUUACUAUUGAGAGUAAUGUUAUUUAUAAUAUCAUGGGUAGUGCAAUGUUUCUCUCAGAUGGUAUUGAAGUCGGCCAUGUUUUUCGGGGAAAUUUAGCUGUUUUUGUACGAUCAAGUUCAAGUCUGCUCAAUGAAGAUCUUACACCGGCUGCUUUUUGGUUAACUAAUCCAAAUAAUAUAGUCGAACUGAAUGCAGUAGCUGGUGCCACUUAUUACGGUUAUUGGUAUCAAUUGAGUAAUAGAACCGAAGGACUUUCACUUCUUACGAAUCCUAACUACUGUCCUAAUCGACAGCCUUUUGGACGUUUCUACAAUAAUAGUGUGCAUAGUACGGGUCGAUUCGGAGUUUGGAUUUAUCCGGAGUAUGCUCCUACCAUUUCGGGAGAUUGUAAUGAUACUCGACCGUUACAAGCAACAUUUGAAGGCUUGAUCGCAUGGAAUAACAAUAAAGGCAUUGAGAUAGUAAUGUCUCGCACGAUUCAAGUCAAGAAUGCUGUAGUUUUUGACAAUGCUGAUUUAGGCAUUGGCUAUAUCACAGCUAUCGAACAUCAAGAAAUCAACCCCUCAUAUCUUCGACCUACAUUCUAUGAUACUGGUAGUGGCUCAUCGGUAAUUGAUAGUGUCAUAAUCGGUGAUACAGGUCUUGCGUCAACACCCAUCAUACCGUCCACUGCUGGUCUCGUUGUCAUGUGGGAUCGUGGUCUUCGUGUUCGAAAUGUUGCCUUUAUCAAUUUUCCAAGUAAUGAAACACGCGCUAUAUUUGGACCUAUCAUUCUCGGUCGAUGUACCAAUCGUUGUGGAGGUUGGCUAGUUAAGUUCUCUAAUAUGACAUUUGUAAAUGUUACAAUUCGUGGCAAGUUUCGAUGGGAAUACGAUGCACUGUAUUAUGAUGAGGAUGGCACUCUAGGUGGACAACCUGAUUCAAUAAUUAUGGCUCCAGAUGGAAUCACUAAUACAUCAUCUGCGUGUACACCAGUACAGAACUUUGAAAAUGCUCUUCAAUGUCCUCUUUCAGAAGGUUCAUGGUUACGGAUUUCGCUCCGUCACCCGUCGCAACAUAAUUUGGGUCGACUUUUUAUCUCAGAUGAAGAAAAUUCGACGAUUAUCAUACCUUGGCUUCAAGAACAGCUAACUUAUCCAAACGGAUAUUCGGUUGUAUCAAGAGCGAAUCAAACUUAUACAUUCGCAUUUGAAACAAAUAUUCAACCAAAAGAUCUAUGCUAUACCGGUGUUAUUUAUGAUGUGGCUCCAAGUGAUUAUCUGAUCAUUCAGCAUCAGAUGAACGUUGUACCUGCUAAAGCUGAUAUAAUUGUCGGUCAGUCCAUGACUUCAGGAUCACUAAUGCCACUCUCCGGAUGGAACAAUAGUAAUGGUGACUGGUAUUACGACAACGUUACAUCUCUACUGUCUUAUAUCGCUAAAAAUCCAUCGACAGCAAACACAAGUAUCGACAUUGAAAUAUUAUUUCGAGUUUACAUAUGUCCGUGUUACAAUUGUGGAUGUCCAACAACGACAACAACAACAACUACUACAACUACAACUACUUCAGAGACAACAACAACAACUACAUCAGCCACAACAACAACAACUACAUCAGCCACAACAGCUACAACAACAUCAGCUACAACAACUACAGCUACAACAACUACAACAGUAACAACAACUACAGUGACAAUCUAUUGUCUAGCACCUGAUGUAAGAUAUUGGUCGAUUGAUUCCCACUGGACUUUUGGACCUCAAGACUAUACUGAUUGGUUUGGUAUAAAGCCCGGCAGUGACAAAAAUAUCUUUGUUCCUCGUUGUAUCUGGUUAGUUAUUGACUGUCCACUUCCAUCUAUUCGAUCAUUAAAAAUUGAAGGUGUGGUUGAAUUUCAACAGGGAGGAAAUCAUCUUAUGAAUAUUGACACCAUUAUUAUAAAUGGUGGUCGAUUAAUUGCUGGUUUACCCAACGAUACAUUUAAUGGUAGCGUUGAAAUUAUUCUAAGAAAUAGUGGUCCAGUAACUGUAUCAUUGCCUUCGAAUUUUCCGGCGAGGGAGUCGCAAUUUAUCGGUGUCUUAGGUGGCCUCGACUUGAAUGGUAUGCCACGUGGAAUCACUUGGACGCGUCUUGCUCUCACUGCUGCAUCAGGUCAAAAUGUAAUUAUCCUGAGUCAAGCAGUCAAUUGGACUACCAACGACGAAAUAAUAAUAACAACCACAGAUACAAAUAUUGCUCAUACUGAGCGACACCAAAUCGACUAUAUUGAAAACCAGACAUUAAUACAUACGAAACUACCACUGGCUUAUACUCAUCUUGUCCUUCAACAAACAUUCGCCAACGGACAAGUAGCAGCUGUGAGUGCUGCAGUUGGAUUAUUGACACGUAACAUACGGAUAAGGAGUCAAAGGGCAGGCUCCAGUCUAACUGGAUUCCGAAUUCUAAUAACUGAUUAUCGAACAUGUGUUUUCGAUAAUUUUUCCAAUCAAUGUAAUGAUACGUAUUACAAAGGAUAUGCUCGAAUAUCAAAUACACAAUUCAUCGGCUUCGGCAAAUUGGAUGAUACUUAUUAUAGUGAUCUCCAAUCAGGUAUUUCCAUGAGUCAUCUAGGUGAUUAUAUUUCAAGUAGACCUACAUUCAUCGACGCUUGUUCGUUUGAUAGUGGAUUUAAUGCAGCUAUUGGUAUGCGAAGCACAAAUGGUAUUCCAAUAACGAACAAUGUCAUCUACAAUACAUAUAGAUCAGGCAUCGCCGUGACUGGAAUGAACAAUCGCGUUGAAAAUAAUCUUAUCACUACUGUCUACUGGGUAGGUACAGGACAAGAUGCAUCAAUAUCUCAGUUUAGUUCAAAUAAUGAUGCUGCGAUUAUGGCUCGUGAUGCUACCAGUGUGAGAUUGCUGAAUAAUUUAGUCGCUGGUGUUGAACGUCUGGCGUACCGUAUUCCUGGUGAAUCAUGUGGUGGUUCAGAUGUUUAUACUCCAUUAAAUGUAUUCAAUGAAUAUUCGAACAAUGAAGCACAUUCGGUUAUGUCUGGUGUUAGCCUUUGGCCGACAGACAAAGGAUUCAUAUAUGAUCGAAAAUGUGUUCUAAUUAAAGGAUUCAAGGUUUACAAAGCAUGGUAUUAUGCUUUCUACAUCAACACAUUUCGCAAUAUAACGAUUGAUUCGUGUUCAUCAAUUGAUAGUCACGUUGGUAUCUUUACUUAUGUGGUUGGACCAUCUGCUUUAACACAUGUACCAGUUGCUAGUCGUAUCAAUGUUCGGGCUUCACUUGUCAUUGGCUCAAUGACAUCAGAAGAUUGCACCGAUAGAAUUGAUACAAGUUCGAUUAAUAUUCGACUAUCGCAAAUGGCAAUACCUGCUGUAUCAGCGAAUUCAUCGUCUGGAAAUGCUGGCAGUAGGUCAGGUAUAGUUUUUCCAGCUAUUUCCAGGAGUAACAAUAUGCCUAUUCGGUCUUGGACUGGUACUGGUACUUAUCCUUGUCUCAACGGUUUAAUGUCUAUUACUAAUACAACUCUUGCUUUCUUCAAUGAUACUUGUGAUCGUCAUGACGUAGCAAUCCAGGUUUCGCAAAACAAUAAUGAUGGACAAUUUCCGGUCACAACAAGUUCUAUAUUUGUCUAUAAUACAUCGCAAGCAAAUCUUAUUUUCAAUGGGCAACCAAACUUAAAUGUAGUAACUCCGAGUAAAUGUGGUGGUAAGUAUGUCAUUCAAAUCAAUGCGUUCGUUAAACUAAUUUCUGUUAUAGAUAUGGAUUGUGAUGGCCUGAAGAAGAAUUUAAUUGUUGAUACAGAUGGAUCCCUUUUUGGCCAGCCUUCGAGUGUUUUUUCACAGGCAGAGUCUUUGUGGGGUCAGUAUCAAUAUGAAAUGAAGCACAAACGUCUUUUGAACAUGUGUUCUUUUUUAGGGAGUCAACAGCAUGGAAUAGGAGAUUUUCGAAUUCCCAGAUUAGCAUUGACUAACCUAACUGGACACAGAAUUAAUAUCAACUUGAUAUAUCCAUAUCGCGGUAUCAGUCGUAGUAAUUCCUGCUCUCUGCAACCAUUAUGGGGAAUGUACAUGUGUAAUUCGAGUAUUGACUAUCGCAUGUUGAUUAUCGAAAGUAUGGAUUCAGACACAGAAAAAAGACGUAUUUCACCUGUCGCUAUCAUGUCCAACAGUGGGUACAUUGAUUUGAUCAAUGGGCCGCAAGAUCAAAGUUUCUGUAAUGGUUAUUCCUGUAAAAGGCGUAUAUCCACAUUCAUGGCCAUCAUUCAAUCGAGACAAACGUAUAAAAUAUUUUUCUCAAGUACUCCACCUAAGCAAACACGUUUUCGUAUACUGAACGCUGAUUCAAGUAUCAAAUGUGUUUUGGCUCUUCAGUACGAUUCAUUACAACAUAUCGAUGUCUACGCUAACACGAUGUAUAUUCCACCGACUAAUCGAGAUCUUAGUGCUCCUGGUCUCAUGCUAGAUGAUCGACCGAACGGAGUGACAUUAUCUUCUCCAAGUGGAAGCAAUUAUUUUGAUAGAACAUAUCAAAUGGCCUACUUUGCUAUCGACGGUAGCACUAUGAUUGAUAUCAAAGUAUCACCACUACUCAUUCUCUCUUUUGGUUUUCCGCCAAUGGAUCCAGCAUCAUUUUACUCCACCAAUCUGGUCGCCAAUCUAGCAAUUCUUUUGAAUAUAAGUCCAGACAAAAUUCGACGUGUAAAUAUUGUAUCCGCCUCGAAUCAAACCCGUAUUCGUCGGCAAACCUCACGUGCUCUACCGUCCAUACAAUUACAGAUUGAAUUACGUGAUGAACCACGUACUAGUUCAACGGCAACAACUGGAAUUCGAGCUGAAAUUCUAUCGAAUGUUGCUUCAACUAUCAUUAAUCGUUAUCAAUCAGGUGAAUUACAGGAGGCUUGGAAAAAUCUCAAUAUAACAAAUGGUACUGCUCCUUCUGUCUUAAAUACACAAGAACCAUUCGAUAAUUCAUCAGUGGAAUUGAAUACAAUCAAUAAACUUUUACUGAUCACGCCACCGAAUGAUUGUCGCCAACAAAGUCCGUGUACGAUUCAACCUGUACUCGUUGCAUAUAAUGUAGAAGGAAAUGUUAUUCAAAAGUUAGGUUCAAAAGAUCGACCAUGGCAAGUAAAAGCUAGUGUCAUAGGUAGACCAAAUCUCAUUUUGCCUGGCGGCAUAGCUAAUUAUUCUGGUGGACAAACACAGUAUACUUUAUUCGGUCUACCUGAUAUCGGCACCCAACAAGUUCAAUUUAAUCUUAUUCCACCUGAUGGUGUCAAUAGUUCAUUUUUAGCAACAACAAAUCUGACUGUGCAAACUGCUUUUGUGUCUGUGACACGAGCGAUUCUAGCUGGACAACAAGUGAACAACAUCUAUGUUGUAAAUGUUAAUGAAACAUUUAGUGUCACUCUCAUGCCAGUCGAUAGUAUUACACUACUAAAACUUGGGAAAAUUCAAUGGGGUUCUUGGACAUGGUCAGCUAAUGUUACAUUGAGAAGUUUGCCAAAAUUAAAUCGUUAUGGGUCAUUAGUUCAAAGCAAUUUAUCAAGCACUAAUAUUGAUCUUACAGAAGGUACUGUUACUGUCACUAAUCUAGCAAUCAAUGCUACCGGUAUGUAUAUGCUGCAGAUUCUCAUGGUGUCUUCAAACAACGACCAUAGCAUUGUUUUACUAUCAAAUGGUAUUCUUGUUAAAGAUGACACUGUUACCUUGAUCACUGAGAGCGAUUCGUUCUCAAGUAAUAUAACAUUUGCGGGCGAUUUCGAUGCACUCAAUUCAAGUGGUAAGCUUGAAGAGAAACGUACAAUGAUCUGCAAUCAUAUGAUCAAUGUUGGAAUGCCUCUAAUCAGCGAUAUCAUUGUAUUCAAAGGUAGUGUCGUUGUGACCUAUGAAGCUGACACACUGGCUCCUAAUGUUUCAGCAGCAGUCUCAAAGUUACUAUCGGAUCCUGGCGCUAUACCUGAUUUAACGCUUACGAGUGUGAAUAUGUUUGGUCGUACCUAUGUACCGUCGUCUGCAUCAAGUAGUAGCUCAGGAAGCGAUACAGGAAAUGUUUCGACAAAUGUUGCCUUGAUUGUUGGUCUCGUUGUUGGUUUAGUUGGUGGGUUAUUAGUGAUCUUCGGCGUCGUUUGGCUUUAUAGAGCACAUGAAAGAAUGAUUAGUAGCCAUCGUCUUGGCGUAGAAGAAACCGACGAGGACAAACUCACAGGCGUUGAUGCAAAUGGUGUCGCAUCACCGAAACUAGAUAAUCACGUCAGUUCAACAAAUUUGGAUGGAAUUGAAUUAUUCUCACCUAUAUUUAUCAAUCAAACUCAAUCAAAAACAUCCAAUCGUAACUUGAAUAACUUUCAGGCAGCUAAGCCAGUACUACCAUCGUCCAUGAUGGAAAUAAUUGCGUUCGAUUAA